CACGCUUGUUUUCCUCAGCAGUACCCAUUCUGGAAAGAAAACUGUAAUCUUUCAGCUGGGAAAUCCUUCAUGUUUUGCUUCUUUCUCAUACACGAGGCUGUUGCUAACUUUGCUUGAUACCCCCUGUAAAAAGUCAUCAGAGCAUCCCCAGUUGAAAGCUUUUAAAAGAUAUAACCCAGAGCUAAUUUUUUUAAGUUGUCAUAAGCUUCCAUUUUAACUCGGUCGCAUUUUAGGUUUCUAGUGGUCGUUUCUGCUUUUUGGUUGUUGCCACUAUGAUGAUAGCAAAAGGGAUUAGAUAACUGCAUGAAUGAUAGCUCCAUAAAGGACUAAUAGGGGUGACAAAACACAGAAGAACCUCAGGAUGUCUGUAAUUCAGCAAGGGACGGCAACACUUCGUAAAGCAAAGAAAAUCACAGUAAAAACGUGUCUAGAUAACCCCUUUGUUUUUCAGUGGAAAACCAUAGAUGGAAAAGAUAUGCAUUUCAUACUACAGACCUUAGAAGAAAGGAUUAAACAUGUUGGACUUAAAAAGAUUGAGAGUCCAAGAAAGAAAAAACGUUCCUUUACAAAAAAACAAAUGGAAAGAAAGUGCGAUGCUAGCACCAACAAACUCCCUAAAGAGGAGGAAACAGAAAGCCAUCAACAAAAACCAGGGUGGACUGACAUAAGUAUCAGAAGACAGCUUGCUAUUGGAGUUAAUGAAGUUACAAAAGCAUUGGAAAGAAAUGAACUGCUUCUCUUGCUGGUGUGCAAGUCUGCAAAGCCUGCCAUGAUCACAUCACAUCUCAUUGAGCUGAGCGCAAGUCGAGCCACACCCGCAGGCCAAGUGCCCCGGCUCAGUGAAACAGUCGCGCCACUUCUUGGCUUAACAUCCAUUUUAGCACUAGGCUUCAAAAAGCAGUCCGAUAAAUUUACUGAAACAAUAGAAGCAAUAAUUCCAAAGAUACCAGCACUGGAAGUGCCGUGGUUUCAGUACAGAACUGAAGAAUCUGUGGCUUAUGCAGAUACAGAUUCUUCAGAAAACGAGGAACCUGACAAACUUGCAGACACACUGGGGGAUGAGCUCACAAGCCAGAAGCGGAAACGUACAGAAAGCAAUCAGCCUGAUCUUUCAAAUGUAAUUUUGCAGCCUUUGAAAAUCAAGAAACUUGUCCCAAAUCCCAAUAAGAUAAAGAAACCACCUCGCAAAAAGAAAAAAGCUGUUUCAGCAUAACUGAUUGUAGUUUGGUUCUAUUAAACUGAUUUUUUACAUGCAGAAUGGAGUAUAGUCCUAACUGAACAAUCUUUCUAGGCUUUACAGUAUAAAGCUCUUGAAUACAAGGUGAAUUUUAUGUUGCAUUCGGUUGAGGUACUUUCUGCUUUAAUAAAGAAUAUUGCUCAGACUUAAGUGUCAGUCUUUAUCUGGGGGUAAGUAUUUCAUUUGUAGUUGGAGAUCAGAGAGUUAAAGUUGGCAAUGAACAUGGCAAAGUAAUUUUAAGAGAUAAUUAAUACAUCUCUGGAAUUAAUGCAAAGCAUUAAAUGAACUUUGUAUCUUUACACAGAUGAACAUGCUUUAAGCAAAACAGAUUUAAGUAUAAUUACUCAAACAAAUCAAUACCAAAAGUGAAAGUUUAUUUAAACAAAGGUCCAUGCCAGUAUAAGUCUUUUAAAGCUGGUUUCAAGUAAACAGCUGUAACAGCACAGGCAGACUUCCCUUCUGAACUCUAUUAUAGUUUUUUCUGUUGAACAAUAAACUUGUUUUGGUCACAAAUG